ACUUGAGAAUAUUAUGAGUUCAGCCAGCCGUAUAUGGCAAAGGCUCCUACUUGCUUGGGCCCCUUAGCCCAUGUCCCUGAGAAUGCCUUCCCCAGCCUACAGGUCUGAAGGAGCAACUUAUCCCUCUCCAACUAUUCUCUGGCAAUCUUCCUUGCCUGUUUUCUUCACAGCACCAAUUCCUAUGUGAAAGCAUCUUGUUCCUGUGUGUUCUUAUUACCAGUUACCUCCCAUUGGACUACAAGUUCUAUAGAAGCAGAAAUCCCACCUCUUUGGUUCACUGCUCUAUCCCCAGUGACUCGAUGAGGUACUCUGUGUAUAUAAGUGCUCAAUAAAUAUUUGCUGAGUGAAUGCAUAAAAAUUGUAUGAGCAACAUAGAGCUGAGAGUGGGAGAAAUGCAUAUUCACCCAACUUCAGUGAGAUCUCUCUUUCUAUUGUGGAUUUUUCAUUUUAAUAUAAUUCUACAUUUAUACUGUGGUAGUGACAACUUUUUUUACAUUAUUUGUAUAAUGAUUUUUCUUUCAUCACAAGGUCACAAUCCAAAAAGAAACACAUAAAAAAAAGUUCCAAACAAAUGUGGAGAAAGGACUAAUUUGAAGUAUUAAAUAGAAAACAUCUGACUACAGAUCAACUUGACUAUAUUUUCUUUCAAGAAAGUAUUUUUGCUUUUUAACGUGGUCUCAUAGGGAUUUAAUGUUGGUGUUGGAGGUCAGGACAGCACACACACCUUGUAAGCUAUGGUAUCUCAGUGUGGCAGAUAGACUCUAAGAUGGUUCCCCAUGACCCCCAACUUUGGUAUCUGCACCUUCUUGUAACCCAUGCCCUUUGAGUGUCCCUGCAGCCUGUGACUUGCUUCUAGCCAAUAGAAUAUGGCAAAGGUGAUGGGAUGUUACUUCUGUGAUUAUACUGUGCUAUUUAAGAGUCCAUUUUGCUAGCCAGCUCUGUCUAGAGACUGUCUUUGCUGGCUUGAUGAAGCAAGGUGCCAUGUUGAAACAGCCCACUUGGCAAAGACUGCCUGUGGCCCCCAGGAUCUGAGGCAGCCUUCAACCAACAUGCAGCAAGAAGCAGAUGGCCCUCAGUCCCACAACCACUAGGAAAUGAAUUCUCUCACUGGAACAUAAAACCAGUUUAAACCAUUAUCAAUCAUUUAUACCUCAGGGUCCAUGAAGGAUUUAAGAAGAGGUUUGGUAGAAAUGUGGACCAUUUCUACCAAAGUCAGACGCUUAACUGACUAAGCUACCCAGGCGCCCCCUUGAUUCCUCUUUUUCUCUCAUCCCCAAGGCUUCUGACCUCGAAGGGGAUGACUGCUCGUAGGUGAGGGUGGAUGCAGAACAGGGAAGCCCAGCUGGAGACAGACUUGUCUGUCAUCACUCUUUCGCUUAGCUCUUGGCCAUAUGGGUGUCUCCACAUACUUGUUGCGCAUACACUUAAUGUCUUAAGAAUGAUCUGAUGGGAAGAGGUAUGUUUAUACGGCCCAAAGGGAAAAUAAAAAGGAUGGAACUCAGUCACAGAGACGCAGUGAAAAACCCUCUUCAUUGAUGCUAAUGAUGGUAGCAUGCAGGCAAAACCAGAGAAGGCAAAUGAGGGGCAGUUGGUAGGCCUAGUGGUAACUGAACCCAUGGGAAAUUUGCAUCCUCCGUGAACUGAGCUCACCUUUCCCCAGCAGCCUGAGCAUCUGCCUUCUAAGUGAACUGUGAUUCAGCCGUAGAGCAUAAGCAGUCUUCUCACACCCCCAGGAAAGAUCAAAAGAGGGACGGUGGGAGGGGGAAGGGAGGAGGCCAUGGAGCAAGACGCAAGGGUCGGAGAGCUGACGGAGGAGCCGAAAUGCAGCCAGCACUCUCAGCCUUCUUCAUGCUGCUCUUUGUCCUGCUGUGUCUCCUGGGAAUCCUGGCCAACGGCUUCAUUGUGCUGGUGCUGAGCAGAGAAAGGAUGCGGCGUGGGAGGCUGCUUCCCUCCGACAUGAUCCUCAUUAGCUUGGGUGCCUCCCACUUCUGCCUGCAGUGGGUUGGAAUGGUGAACAACUUCUACUACUUCCUCCACCUGAACGAGUACAGCCAAGGUCCUGCCUGGCAACUCACUGGUCUCCACUGGGACUUCCUGAACUCGGCCACCUUCUGGCUUGGCUCUUGGCUCAGUGUCCCCUUCUGCAUGAAGAUUGCCAACUUCACCCACCCCACCUUCCUCUGGCUGAGGUGGAGGUUCCCAGGGUCAGUGCCCUGGCUCCUCAUGGCUUCUCUCCUGAUCUCUUUCAUCGUCACCCUGCUCUUCUGGGGAAACCAUGCUGUGUAUCAAGGAUUCUUAAUUAGAAAAUUUCCUUGAAAAUUUCCUUGGAACAUGACCUUCAAGCAGUGGAGCCGGAGGCUGGAAAUUCACUCUUUCUUGCCCCUGAAACUUACCAUGUCAGUUCCCUGCUCUGCCUUUCUGUUCUCAAUUGCACUGUUGAUUAAUUCUCUGAGGCGACACACAGGGAGGAUGCAGCGCAGCACCCACAGCCCGCAGGACCCCAGCGGCCAGGCUCAUACCAGAGCUCUGAAGUCACUCGUCUCCUUCCUCAUUCUUCAUGCUCUGUCCUUCGCAUCCCUGGUCAUCGAUGCUGCGGGUUUCUUCUCCUCAGAGAGUGACUGGUACUGGCCGUGGCAGAUUUUAAUCUACCUGUGCACAUCUGUCCAUCCCUACAUCCUCAUCCUCAGCAUCCUCCGGCUUCAAGGGGUGUGCGGUCAGCUACUUCUGUUGGCCAGGGGCUUCUGGCUGGCCUAGGUGGCAUGGUCCCACCCAGACCCCUGGAAGAGACUCAGGGACAAUGAUGGAGCCAGUGCCCACUUACAUGGAAAUAGCUUCACAGGCAGCUAUCCACUGGAUUCUACUCUGGGCUUCCUCCUUUGGGAAGGAGAGGAGGGAAGUCAAAUCUGGGGAUUCUCUGAACGAGAUUCCUUCCUUGGGACAUUGUUAAAUGUCCUCAGAGAGCCAGUAUUGUCCAGAAAUUCAGACUGUAAAGUUUUGUUUACUCUCUAUUUUGUGUCCCCUCCAUUAUGUGGCAGCUUUCAGUUAAGAAGUCUUGAUGAAAAAGUACAUGUGAUCUCAAUAGCCUCCCAGGGAAUGAACUAGGGUGUGGAUGGGGAAGGAGCAUCCCUCUUGAGGAUGAUGUAAUGGUUGCGACGGGAGCCGCAGGGGAUGUGGCUGUGGCUGACGGUGGUCAGGGCUGUGAGGUCUAACAGCCCUCCCUUUUGUGGAGAUUCUUUUUCCUUCUCCACCCUGGGAGAAUUUGGUUUUAAUUUUAUAAAAACUACCGGAAGGUUUCUUUACAGCAACCCAUGUCUUUUCUCAUUAUUAUUUCCAUUGUUCUGCCUUCGGUUUUCUCCCCUCUGAGGUCGAAGUGGCAGCCAGAUUUUUCCAUGUUUAUUCUUCCUUUAGAAUCACACAUUGUAAUUUUCCACAUUUUCACAUUGUCUCUGGAACUUUGUUGU